AUGCCGCCCUCCCGUGCGCUUCGCAAGCGGGCAACCACAGGAGAGUCUUCGGUGCCCCUCAAGCGAGGCAAGGUUGCUGCAAAGUCGGCGCCACCAAGAGCCUCCGCUUCGAAGAAAAAAGGGCCAGCACCUAGGAGGCCGACCCUGUUUGACGAUCUGGAUGGCGUGGACGCAUCCCCUUCGCCGUCGAAAGGCCACCCGGAACGGAAGCUUCUGCUGGAACUCGAUGUUGACGACGACAGCUCGUUGACCUCUCUGACCGACCAGGAGUUUGAAAAUGUUCUUGUCGAAGCGAAGGGAGAAGAGCCAAAGGACGUAGAGGGCGAAGAUUCCUCUUCGGAUGAGGAUGUGGAGUUCGAGGACGUGGUCGCCCCGACACCGAUUCCGCUGCUGUCAUUGGCAGAGGAUGCAGGACAGGAGCCAUCUGGAGAUCUGGAGCUGACUCUCCACAAGGACACGCGCGUCUCCCUGACCAACCCGUUUGGGGAGAAGAAGGGCCCGUCCAAGGUCGAGCGGCUUGUCCGCAACGCCACGCACCGUGUGCACGUGCAGGCGCUGCUCUGGCACAACUCCCGACGGAACGGCUGGAUCGGUGACCCGGAGGUGCAGGGCAUCCUCCUGUCGCACCUCUCUGCGCAGAUGUGGGACGAGGUGGACCGCUGGCGGCGUGCAUCCGGGCUCGAGAAGGUGAGCAGUGCGAAGAAGGGCAGGCGACCAGCCGCUGCCAAGGCGACAAAAGCGGCCAAGGCAGCCAAGACGACCGCCGCAGCGAAGCUCCUGGAAAAGAGUGCCGUGGACAUGAGCCACGGUGAUCCUCUCAUUCGCCUGAUGAAGGUCCUCUCGGCCUGGUGGCGACAGCGGUUUCGCGUCACGGCGCCCGGGCUGCGCAAGACGGGGUACGUGUCCCUGGAGCGGCUCGACCGCCAGAUGAAGGCGUACCAGGAGGCGGCUGGCCUCGAUCCGACGCGGUUCGGCGAGCUGAUCCCUAGUCUGGCUGUCUUUCGCAUACGAGCGCAGAAGCUCUGCGGCAGCCGCGAUGUGGGCGCUCAGCUGUUUACAGCCCUGGUCCGCGGGCUCGGGCUGGAAGCGAGGAUGGUCGCCAGCCUGCAGCCGCUCGGCUAUGGCUGGAACAAGAUGGAAGACGCCGAUCCAGAGGUGGACACCUCGGGUCUCGCCGAUGAGACGGCACCAUCAUCGUCUAAUGCGGCCACACCGAAGCGGAAGGACCCGAGGAAGAAAGAGAAAGAGCCUGUGCCAAGGGCGGGGUCCAAGGCGAACCCUGCCAGGAUAGACGACGACGAAGAGAUGGAGCUGGCAGAGGUGAACAGCGACAACGAUUCUGUCGUGGUGGUGCCCGAGCUGAACGAGGGAGGUGCCCAGUCACGGCGUCCUGUCUACGACAAGGAGCUGGAGUAUCCCCACUACUGGACGGAAGUGCUCAGUCCGAUCACGCACAAGUAUCUGCCGGUCGACGCUCUGGUCAAGCGCAUUGUUGCAGAGAAGCGCGAGCUGGUGGAAACGCUGGAACCGCGCGGCGCCAAGGCAGACAAGGCACGCCAGGUGAUGGCAUAUGUCAUAGGAUUCUCGCCGGACGGCACGGCCAAGGACGUGACGGUGCGCUAUCUCAAGCGACAGGUGCUGCCCGGACGGACCAAAGGCGUGCGCUUCCCGGUGGAAAAGGUGCCGGUCUACGACAAGCACGGAAAGGUGAGGCGUCACGACAUGGUGGACUGGUUCCGGCUAGUGAUGCGCAACUACGUCCGGGGACAGCGACGGGAAAACCCCCUGACAGAGGCAGACGAAGAGGAGAACGCGACAGAUCUGCAGGCAGCCCAGGCAGAGAAGAAGGAGGUCAAGGAGGGCGAGGAGACGCUGCAGUACUACAAGCAGUCAACCGAGUUUGUGCUGGAGCGGCACUUGAAGCGAGAAGAGGCGCUGGUGGAAGGUGCGAAGCCGGUCCGGGUGUUCCGCAACAGCAAGGGCAAGAGUGGCGAAGAAGACGUGUAUCUGCGCCGAGAUGUGGUGGGCGUCAAGAGCGCGGAGACGUGGCACAAGCAAGGCCGUGCGCCGCGACCAGGGACACAGCCGCUAAAGCGGGUGCCGUAUCGAGCGGCGACGACCAACCGGCGACGCGAGAUUGCCGAGGCGGAGGCAGCGACGGGCGAGCGGGUGCUGCAGGGGCUGUACAGCCGCGAGCAGACAGACUGGAUCAUUCCGGCGCCGAUCCGCGACGGUGUGAUCCCGAAGAACGAGUACGGCAACAUCGACCUGUUUGUCGAGCACAUGUGUCCACGCGGCGCAGUGCACGUGCCGUAUCGAGGAGCCGCGCGGGUCUGUCGCCGGCUGGAGGUCGACUAUGCCGAAGCCGUGGUGGACUUUGAGUUCGGCCACCGCAUGGCCGUGCCGGUGAUCCAGGGCGUCGUCGUGGCCGAGGAGCAGCACGAGCGGGUGAUGGCCGAACUGGCGCGCGAUGAGGCCGAGCGGACGCGGCGCGAGGACGAGAAACGCCGGGCGGCCGCGCUCAGCAGGUGGCGCAAGAUGCUGAUGGGCCUGCGCAUCAUCGAGCGGAUCCGACAGGACUACGGGGAGGUGCAGGAGGACGAGCGGGUGUUUGGGAGGGGACAGAAAACAAAAACGAGGGACGACGUGGAGGUGGGGGGCAGUGAGCUGGGCGACGAAAGCGACAGUGGCCUUGUUACUAACCAGGACCUCGCCGGCGGUUUCCUGCCCGAGGGCUUCGACUACGAGGAACCAGUCGACAGGCCUAGCUUCUUUCCGGUACACGACGAAGAAGACGACAGGCUGGAGGUCGAGGAUGGGCAGGGAGACGAGGAUGAGAAAGGAGACGAGGAUGAGAAGGGAGACGAGGAUGAGAAGGGAGACGAGGAUGAGAAGGGAGACGAGGAUGAAAGAAGCGAGGACGAGAAAGGAGACGAGGACGAGCAGACUGCCCGUUCGAGAGACGAAGACGAAGGCGAGGCGGACUUUGACGUGGCAUAA